AUGGGGCGGGAGCUGCUGCUGCUGCUGCUGCUCCAAGACUGGGGCCACACUGCAGGCUCCGAGCUGGCCUUCGUGCAGGAGCCGGGGGACGUGGUAGCCGUGAGGGAGCACCCACUGGUGCUGCCCUGCCAGGUGGAGGGUGAGCCUCCCGUGUCCAUUUCCUGGCAGCGGGAUGGGCUGGCCCUGGCUAACGACAGUGGUGCCACCCUGAUGCCGGAUGGCUCCCUGCACCUGGCUGCCCUGCCUUCCCGCCGGAGCCUCCCCUCCCGUGCCCAUGAGUACCACUGUGUGGCCCAGAACCGCUAUGGGCGACUGGUGAGCCGGCGGGCUCGGGUACAGCUGGCAAGUCUGUCUCGCUUCCACCAACAUCCAGAGUCCGUCGAGGUGGAGCAGGGUGGAGUUGCCCGCUUCCAGUGCCUGAUCCGGGGGGUGCCUGAGCCCUCCAUUUCCUGGGAGCACAAUGGCAUGGCCCUGAGUACUGCUGACCACCGGAUCACACUGCUUCCUGGUGGCAUCCUCCACAUCACCAGCGUGAGCCAAGCUGACGUGGGCACCUACCGCUGCGUGGCCCACAACGUGGCCAACACCCGCCACAGCCAGGAUGCCCAGCUGAGCCUGACAGGUGCUUUGGGAUCCCCGCGGCUGCUGCAGGAGCCGGAGAUCCUGUCGGGGCCUCAGAACCUGACACUCACGGUGCACCAAACAGCAGUGCUGGAGUGCAUCGCCACCGGCCACCCACAGCCACUUGUCUCCUGGAGCCGCCUGGAUGGCCGUUCCAUUGGCGUGGAGGGCAUCCAAGUCCUGGGCACCGGGAACCUUAUGAUCUCUGACGUGUCAGUCCAGCACUCGGGCGUCUACGUCUGCGCUGCCAACCGGCCAGGCACUCGCGUCCGGCGCACGGCGCAGGGUAUCCUGCUGGUGCAGGCUCCCCCCAAGUUUGUCCAGUGGCCACAGUCCUUGUCCAAGCCUGCAGGCAGCAGCGCCAUCUUCACUUGUGUGGCCCAGGGUGUCCCUGAGCCCCACCUGAUCUGGUUGAAGAAUGGGAAGGUGCUGAGUCCUGGGGAUAACAUUCAGCUGACCCAUAACAACAGCACACUGAUGCUGGCAGGGAUCUCAGUUGAGGACGAGGCCAUCUACCAAUGCGUGGCAGAGAAUAGUGCGGGCUCCAACCAGGCCAGUGCCCACCUGGCUGUGACAGGGGACCCAGAGCCACCCCCCGCCCCCAGGGGCCUGCGGGCUAUGGCUCUCUCCGCCUCUGCCAUUCGAGUGUCCUGGGAACCACCCCCCUCCAAUGGGGACAUCAUCGGCUAUGUGCUGCAUCUCCGGCCUGUAGGAGAGCCAGCUGGCUCAGAGCUCCAAGAGGCCGUGGGCAAAAGCACCUUUGAGCAUGUCUUCUCCAACCUGGAGCCUGCCACAGUCUACUCGAUCCACUUGUGGGCCUACUCAGCAGAGGGUGCCAGCCAGGACUCUGCCUCCAUCCACGCCUCCACCAUGGGCAGCACCCCUGCUGCCCUGGGCUUCUCCGCCAAAGUGCUCAAUGCUACCUCCGUGCAGGCCUCCUGGGAGCUGCCACCCCAGCUGGGACCCAUCCAGGGCUUCAAACUCUUUCACCGCAAACUGCCAGCUUCCCAUUUUGAGGGGCCCCUGCUCCUGGCCAGCAGUGUCAGCUCCUUCCUCUACACAGAUCUGGAGCCAGCUGCUCUCUAUGAGAUCAAGCUCCAGGCAUUCAAUGGCAACGGGGAUGGUAACAGCAGUGUUCGUUUUGUCUCUUUGCGUGAUGUGCCCCUGACCACCCCUGGUGAGUGGGGUCCGGCUGGGUGCUCUUGCAGCCAGGAUGAGAGCAGCUCGCUGCCUGGGGUUAUGGUGGGCAUCCACGUGGGCCUGGCUGCCCUCAUCGUUUGCCUCCUCUGCCUUCUCCUGGGCUGGAAACAUAGGUAAGGGCCAGGAUGGCUAAUGUGGAAAACUGCUAGAAAGACAGUCUACAUUACUGUGGCACAGGGCCAAAGAGCAGGAAAGAGCCCUUAUCCAUUACUAAUCCAUUUUACAAAUGAGGAGACUGAGGCAGAGGGGGAGAGCCAGUUCUUCUCAGAGCUGUGUGGUAUCAGCAGUGGCAGGAGGCCUGGUGGGCUGCAUAAAGCAGGGCAGAGAACACUGUGGCUCUCAAGGCAGGGGACAGGUGGCAGAAGUGGGCCAGAGCCAGAGCCCUGGCAUCCUGUGCAGAAGGAUGGGGCUCAGCUUCUCCAUCCCUGGGGAAUAUGGAACAGGAUGAAGGGCUGGGGCUGAUGGAUAUGAAGCCAGAGGGAAGCCCCAGACAGGUCAUGGUGCUGACUCUUCCUAUCUGGGCAGCCUCCUCUGCAGACAGGGGUCCCGAGAGUGCUGGGCAGUGCCUCAGACUGCCUCGGUCAGAGCUGGGGGCCAUGGAAGCCAGGCUCCAAGUGGAGGGAAGCCAGGGGAGAAGACUGAACUCGUCACUCAGGUGAGGGAGAUUCAAGUGAGGGGGAGUGGGUAGGGCAAUGUGGUAUGUUUUCAGGCCCUGGGGCUCAGGCCUGACCACCUCCUUCCUCCUCAGGUGACUGUGGAACAGCCCUAGGGCCCUCCGAGUUGGCUCCCUCCAAGAUGCCACUAACUCUGGCUCCACCAAAGAAUCUACGUCACUUGUCCCUGUCACCCGGAGUCAGGAAAAGAACCAAAGGUCCCUCAGCCCCUCUCCGGGGAGGGGCAGGCCUGACCAUAGGGAGAGAGAAGAGGGUGUGGUUUCUCUGUUCCUCCCUCUUUCUCAAGAAAUGGGGAAAUCCCUAUCCUUAUCCCCAACACACCAAAUAACUUCAAAGGAAACCAAGCUCAGCUGGGAGUUAGCCCCAACCCCGACACUCCUGCCUCAUAACCCCAUCCAAUAUAUCCUCUUGAUCCAAACAUGAACCUACCCAAAGAUAAACAGCUUUAAGGAUUCCCCCCAAAGUGGGGAGGCAGGGCCAGAGGCUCUGCCUAUCACCUCCAUCUCAUAACCAGGAUCUCUAGUCUGAAAUGUCAGUUUCUGUCUCCUCAUGGCCAAGCUGAGGUCUGACCCAGGGACAGGCAACCUGCAUUCCUUGUGGUCUGAGUGUGCAGGUGGACAAAGGGGAUGCUGAGUUCCUUGUCCCCUUGCCCCCAAACCCUAAGAGUUCUGAACAUUCGAGCUCCCAUGAGCCGCUUCUCUGAGCAACCAAAUACCCAUCUCCCCAUUCCCAGAUCCAAAGCAUCGGCCCCUCUUCAGGGGCAUCCCUCCCCAUUUGAUUUCUAUUUUUGAAAGGAGAGAUAGUUUGAUUUGGGGUUUUGAUGGCCUUGAAUCCCUUGCAGAAUGAGCACAGAGGCUGUGGAGCACCCCACCCAUAUAUUUCCAAUUCUAGUGUCCAAAGAGCACCUCUUCCCCACUCCUCCCUCUGCCAGCCUACGGCACCCAGGGCCCCACUGUCCCUCCUCAUCCAGCUCUACCAUACCCUAAAGCCAAAGCCUCAGGCUCUCCUUCUAUCAGCCUCUCCCUCUAGAGCUGUACAGUAUUGUGCCAAAAAGUGGGGAGGGUCUUGGAGGAAGAAAAACCUAGGGCUUAGGGGACCCCAAACAUUGUCUCCUCUGUGCUCUUGUAGAGUGUUGCUAGUACCAAUGACAAGAUUCCAGCAAGGCUGGGCCCUGCCCUUCCACAACUGCUCCUUCUGCAUGAGGGGCAAAAACAGCUUUAACUAAGACAUGUGGCAGGGGACCAAGGGGUUAAGAACAGCCCCAACUUUCGAGUUCUUGAGGAAAUCACACCCUUCUCUGGGUGGGCCUGGUCUAAGUGCUUUGUUGGAAAUAAAAAACAAAAAUGGAAAAAAUAAAUUAGGAUCUGGUUAGCGUUCUGGGUUGAAAGGAAAACCUGGGAGACUGGGGUGAUGAAGUGCUAAGACACAGCAGUUCAAGGUCUUUCAGGGGAUGCUGCAUUCACAUUAAGGAACCAUACUGCAGUUUGCUAAGAGCAGAGCAGCUCACCUGGAGAAACCAGCAUGUCACAAAGGAUUCAGUUACUAGAUACUAGAGCAGUGUGAAGGGAAGGGCCAAGGACAGCUAGGGGACACCUCUCUCUAGGACAGAAUGGAGACCCAGCCUCUGGGUUAAAUGUUGCCUCCUGGGGGCCGGCCCCGUGGCCGAGUGGUUUAAGUUCGUGCGUUCCGCUUCAGCCGCCCGGGG